AUUACUUGUCCUGCAGGCAGAAGCUAUCUGCGCUGAACGGUAGUGUAGGCUACUAGUGGCUCCCUUUUGAUUUGCAUGUGUCAUCUCACGGUCAGGAACAGGGAAGGCUUCAAUUCGACUGUCAGUAGGACUAAAAGGCAGACAACUCCGAUCACAGGUCCCUGAGAGAGUGACACAACUGUGGAACGAACCACCAUGGUGCAGGAGAGUGGGUAUGGCUUUACUGAAGCCCUCAUCUCCCAGGGCACUCAACAGAAGAGACCAGCAUUGUCGUGGGGGUCGAAGAUCAAGAAGAAGCUGAAGACUGUAGCUCCCUACCUCGGCAAAUUCAGACCAUCUGUAGGACAAUGUUGCCACCAGUGUACCCCUGACAGCCUGGGCAAGAAGCUGGGACAGACCAUACCCUCUCUGGGGUUCCAUAAUCUACUGAGUGUCAAUGAGACCCACACCAGGUAUCGUGGUUGGCUAGUGAGGAGAGUGUGCUGUGUGCUGUUGGUCAGAGGCUGCAGGGUCUACCCUAGUCCUGCUACUGACAGAGUGGAGCGAGUCUCCCAAAGCAACAGGGUGCAGAAGGCUCUCUCCUCACCAGACAUAGCACCAGCGGGGGGAGACACCCGGGGUUUACUCACCCACCUUACCCCCUACUUCCCCCUCAUCAACACCUGCAUCUCACCACAGCUUCUACGGCUGGUAGGCUGGGUGUUGCUGAAGGUGUUUGGGUCAGUGUUCUGCAGUGUCCAGGUCAACCUAAACCACAUGGCUCCCCUGCACAGAGCCUCAAAGCAGGGUGCGUCACUGGUGUAUGUGUGUGUGCCUCAGAGUAUCGUGGACUCUGCUCUCAUCCCCCUGGUUCUCUUCUGUCACAACCUGAGAGUGCCAUACACACUCUGUCACCUACAGAUACACAACAACUGGUUCAGGUCAGUCCUGCAGAGACUUGGCGUGGUCCUCCUCCCACCAGAUCCAAUCACAGAACAGGAAGCAGAGACCGACAACCUCUACUCAUCAGUCAUGACCUCCUUGGUUGGUGAGUUGCUGUGUGAAGGCCAGGUACUGAGUGUGUGUGUGUCAGGAGAGAGUUGGCGAGGAGGGCAAUGGUUGGCACGCAUCAGACUGGCUGUGAGAGAGGGAGUGGUGCCUGACGUCCACCUGGUUCCAGUGGGCAUCUCCUAUGACUGUGUGCCCAACACCAGCACACCGGUUGGUCUGCUGUCUGCUCUGAGGUGUGGGUUCUCCUUGCUGUGCGGCAACCGACAGAAAAGUAGCGUGAGGAUCCACUUCGCCCAGCCCUUCUCUCUGAAGGAGAUGUGUGACACAGGGAGGUGUCGUGUGGAUGGAGGGCGCCCUCUACAAGAUCUCCUGCUCCCUACCAUUCUACACAACAGGUCUGAUGCGAUAUUUGGCCAGAGGAUGAUGUCAUGGAUCCUGCCCCCUCGUUAUUUUCCUGAGCUCUGCCAAUCAGAGAGAGACCUCAGCAUUGCCCUCACCCUGCACCUCACCUACUCCUCUAUGUCCUGCAUGGCUGUGAUGUCCACUAGCCUGGUUUCCUGUCUUCUACUGCACAAACACCGCAAGGGUGUAUGUCUGUCUGUGUUGUGUCGUGACGUGGCCUGGCUGCUGGAGGAAAUCUUGUUCAGGAACAGAGAUGUGGGCUUUGGGGGGAGUCUGGUUGGGGUGGUCUACCACUCCCUCACCCUCCUCACCCCUCACCUCACCCUCGCUGCCCAUCCCAAAGACAGGUCUGAUCCCCUCAUCGCUCCCCACCCCUCUCUCUCCGCCACUCUCUCGCUUUCCCGCCAUUCCCAGAUACUCACACACACCUUCCUCCAUGAGGCCGUCGGAGCGUGUGCGGUGUCGGCCAUGCUGUGUGAGGUGGCAGGCUGCGGGGGCAGCAGCAGGAUCAGGGGUGAAGAGAUUAAAGGUGACGAGGUCAGAGGGGAGAUGGAGUUUGACGUGGCACUGUGUCAAGAGGAACUGACUGAGAGAGCCCUGCAACUCACACACUUACUGCCCCCGGGGUAUAUACCUCCAUGUCAGUCAGCUCAUGGCUUUGCUCUGGAUGCAGUGGACACACUGGUGCGCUGUGGCAUCCUUGUGAUGGAAGAGGUUCCUAGCGACACGCCGAUCUGUGAUUUCUGGAGGAAGCAGGGUGCUCUGACCUGGAGUGCUUCAGAUGACCAUUCUGACUGUGAAGAAGGAGAGGCACGCUCCUUCAAGUUGAGCCAGCCCAGCCAGUGUCCAGAACUGCUUUUCUUCCUGUGCAGUCUGAUGGCUGGCUACCUGAGGGCCCUGUGCUGGGCUACAGAGGGUUUAGACAUCCUAGACACUCCGCUACCAGAGGCUGUGUGUUUGGGCCAGAUACACUCCCACCUGUGUGACACCGCCCAGAGGGACAGGGGACACUAUGAGAGCUGCUCAGAGGAGGUGGCACGUGUGACAGUCAGGACGCUGACAGACAUGGGGUGUCUGUGUGUCAGGUGCUGGUUGAGGAUCAGCAGAGAGGAUGUGUGUUCCUGGGAGUCAGUCCACUCUUCCAACAGACAGACAACAGACAGAAACUCCACAGCUUUGUAUCCCAGUUCCUCUAUGACUAAUACACACACACCACAAGAGAAAGAUCAAGCAGUGAAUGAGAGUAAAGUCUAUAUAGUGAAGCUCUAUAAUGUUUAGCCUGCUCUUAUUGACUUUCAUGUGUUUACAUGAUCAAGUCGUUGGAAUUAAGUUCACAUUUUACUGUUCUCCUCAUCAGGCAAUUUUUUUGUUUAAUCUCAAUGCGUGUUUCAGUUUAGUAAAAGACUUUGCAUGAGUCUAUAAUGGACCGGAACAUUGGGUCUUGUGUCAGUUUAGUAAAAGACUUUGCAUGAGUCUAUAAUGGACCGGAACAUUGGGUCUUGUUUCAGUUUAGUAAAAGACUUUGCAUGAGUCUAUAAUGGACCGGAACAUUGGGUCUUGUGUCAGUUUAGUAAAAGACUUUGCAUGAGUCUAUAAUGGACCGGAACAUUGGGUCUUGUUUCAGUUUAGUAAAAGACUUUGCAUGAGUCUAUAAUGGACCGGAACAUUGGGUCUUGUUUCAGUUUAGUAAAAGACUUUGCAUGAGUCUAUAAUGGACCGGAACAUUGGGUCUUGUGUCAGUUUAGUAAAAGACUUUGCAUGAGUCUAUAAUGGACCGGAACAUUGGGUCUUGUUUCAGUUUAGAUGUUGCCUUUGGCCAAGGAUGUAUAGUGAUGACUUGGCUUGGAACCGUUUUGGACACACCAGAGAAAUUGAGAGAAGAUGUGUGUUUCUAGUGUUAAUGAUGUAGAAUAGCAUCAUAUAUGAUGCUCUUUGUUACGUUGAUGUUAUUAAACCUAGAAAUGUUUUUAUUUUCUGAAUCCAUCAUUGCUCUGCUUUCACAAACCUGAAGCAUCACUCUCCAUUAGAAGUGAUAAGGGUCAUAAUGAUUGAGAACAAUCCCUAUAAAACUAAUGUGUGGGCAGCCAUUCAGUUUAUUGUUUGCCAAGUGUUCACAUAAUUAACAAUGGUUUAUGGACUAGAGGUCAGUUUAGAUUCGAACUCUUGGGUCUUAUCAAGUCUAGGCAGUAUAUUUCUAUCAUGCCUGUUCUUGGCAGUGUAUAUCUAUAACUGUUCUAGGCCAGGGAUCUCCAACCCUAUUUCUGGAGAGCUACCAUCGUAUAGGUUUUUACUCCAACCCUAAUCUAGCAAAAAUAUAUAAUAAAUUAAACUAAAUCAUUUCAAACCAUGCUUACAUUUGUAUAUGAUCACUGUUAUGCAUGGAAAUACUUUGGAACAGAUUUCCCAAAAUGUUAAUGUUUUUUAUGUCCAAUGAAAAUUGAAAACCUAUACAGUACCAGUCAAGUUUGGACACCUACUCAUUCAAGGGUUAUUCAUUAUUUUUUACUAUUUUCUACAU